AUGUUCGCUCGAUCAGUCAGACCAGCUCUCAACGUCGCUCGAGUUGUCCAGCAGCAAAGCCAGGGUAUGGCUACUCUUAGAGAGAUUGAGCAAAGAUUGAAGUCUGUCCGAAACAUUGAAAAGAUCACCAAGUCCAUGAAGGUCGUCGCUUCUACCAAACUCACCCGAGCUGAGAAAGCCAUGAGGGAAGCUAAGAAGUACGGAGCCGCCAACAACGAACUCUUCAAACACACUGAGAUCGAGUCUGAAGAAGCUCCCAAGAUCCUCUACGUCGGUAUCUCCUCUGAUGGUGGUCUGUGUGGUGGUAUUCACUCGUCCAUCUCCAGAGCUAUCAAGAAGGAGAUGGCUGCCAACCCAGGUACCUUGGCUGUUGUCGGUGAUAAACCAAAAUCUCAAUUGGCCAGAGCCAUGCCUCAAGCUUUCAAAGUCACUUUCAACUCUGUUGGAAAAGAUGUACCAACCUUCGCUGAGGCUUCAGCUAUCGCUGAUGAGAUCGUUAAGAACGGUGGUGAAUGGGAUGAGAUUAAGAUCGUUUCCAACAAAUACCUUUCCGCCAUCUCUUACGAAUCCGGUGUAACCUCCGUCAUCUCCGCCAAAGCCCUCCAAGCCGCUGCCGGUUUCCAAGCUUACGAGAUGGAAGAGGAUGUCUCCAAGGAUCUCGCUGAAUUCGCCCUCGCCAACGCCAUCUACACUGCUCUUGUUGAAGGUCAUGCCGCUGAGAUCUCAGCUAGAAGAACCGCUAUGGAGAACGCUUCUAACAACGCCAACGAUAUGAUGGCUUCCCUUCAACUUCAAUACAACAGAGGUCGACAAGCCGUUAUCACCAACGAACUUAUCGAUAUCAUUACCGGUGCUUCCGCUUUGUAA